AUGUCUGUAUUGCGGAGGUCGUCCUCGCCUCUGUCAUCGGCAUCGCCGUCGCCACCGCAGGUCCCGACCGGAGCUAGCACGGCGCCGCUCACUGCCCUCAACCUUGGGCCAUCCGCGGCAGCAGACGACGAACCAGGCAUCGUAGGCGGCAGUAGCCCGACGACAUUAACCGAGCCUCUCACAGAGAGCGACCUCACAGAGGACGAGGAGGAGAUGGACGAGCCGACCAACGAGCUUGUCACGCCCGACGACGACGCGUUGGACGCGCUGUCGGACAUUGGCGACGAGGACGAAGCUGAUGGCGACGCGGCGGCCAUCACCCACGCCAGACAUUCACCCGAGGGUUCUCCACUCUCGCCGUCGCCCUCCCUCACCCCGCCGCCCCCUUCCGACCCGCCCCAUCCCGAAGCCCUUCCUUCCUCGCCAAGCGCGGCGGCCGAUGUCGCCCAUGGCGCCACAAUCGUCGAACCGCACGAUGACGACGACGACGAUGAUGAUGAUGACGCAGUGCUCGCUGACAACUCGGCACCUGAGGAUCGCGGAGCGAGCAAAGCAGGAGAGGACAGCGGCGACGAGGAAUUGACCCCCGCAGCAGAGGAAGCGGACGGCGACAUCACCAUGCGCGCAGCGGAUGCGGCAGAUGAAGCAGCUGCCGAGAACGACGACGCCGUCGAAGCUCUAGACAGCUCUAUCAAGCAGGAAGCAGGCGAUGGCGACAUCGAUCUGGAGGAUGAGCACGCAGAAGCUGAGGUGCAGGCGGAAGAAGCACCAGAGGAGGCGGAGGAGGAAGCGGAGGCCGAGGCUGAAGAGGAGGCUGAUGAGACAGACGCGGCAGAUACAGCCACAGUGCUGUUUCGGGCCGGGCACUCGUCCCACGCGCCGUUACCCACGCCAGCUGCGAUCCGCGCGCUGUUCGCCCUCGAGGUCAAGUUUGCAGCUCUGCGUGACCGCCUCUACGUUGAGCGGCUGGAGGAGGCUGCGCGUGAAGAGGAGAUGGUCCUCAACGGGACGCAUCCCGCUCUGGUCCAGCUGAACCACACGUUGCAAACACGGCGCGAGCGGCUGCACGAAGUGGCGUCGCGGAGACACCAAGAGUCGAUCAAGGACCUCUGUACCUGGCGCAAGAUCGAGGACAAGAUUUCCUGGUCGACAUGGACUGACCAACGAGACCAACUUCACUGGGACGAGUUUGAGGCGACGUGGAGCAAGCGCAGGCGCCUUGCUCGCGAGAAGAACGAACUGGAGACACCCAAGGUCCACCGGCCCGUUCCUCGCGUUGACCGGCCACCGAAGCCCUUCGACUGGUCUGCAGGUGCUGUGCCACCAAGACUGUCGGCUGAAGACGCAUUGAGAGACCUUCGACUUAUGGACGCGCGACGACUGCAGCAGCAACAACAACAAGCAGCAUCGCGACAUGCGUCGCCGAUGUACGGGUCGUAUGCUCAGCCAUCAACCUCGAUGUACCCUUACCAGGCUGCGCAACAUCCAGCAAACUUCCUGCAGGGUGACCAGGCGCACGCCGACAGGCGGCACCUGGAAGCCCAGACGCAACGACCACCGCAGCAAUCACACAGGCAGCCCGCUGCGAGCCAGCACGCAGCGCAGCCACACGCUCCCCCACCAGAAGUGUCACGAAUGCCCGCGGCCUCUGCAGCCGGGCCAUCACGACCACAGCCACAGGCAUCACAACGCAAGGUGGACCCCUACUCAAUUCCACCACGGCGCGAAGUGCCAGCGCAAAUGCCAGCGCAGACGAACGGCGACGGGCGGAUGAACGGACACGCUGCGCGACAGGCGCCACGUCCCCUGGCAGCAGCGGCAGGGAGUGCCGCCCCAGCCCAAUCCGCAACUGAUACCAAGCCGGUUGUCACUUCAGCAGCACAGCCCGAGCGUCCUGCAUCACGCUACCCCGGGUUCACCGACUUUCUCUCUGGUGGAUCAGCGCCACAGAACUCGUUUCAGCACCAUCUGAAUGCCCCCAGCAAGCCUGCGCAGGCUGGGAACAGCUCGCCUGCGCAGGCUGGGAACAGCUCGCCUGCGCAGGCUGGGAACAGCUCGCCUGCACCUGGUGCCCCACUCGUGCGCCCCGCAUUCUCGCCACAAGUACCGGCAGGGAGCGCUCAGCGCAGUUGA